GAGUGUCGAGGCUGAGCCUCUCGCCGAACACCAUUGGGUUGGGUUAUCUGAAGCUUUUUCAGCGGAGGAAACAUAACUGCGCACGUUUGGGAACCCUAUUUUGGUGAACAUCUCAAGAAUCAGAGUUUUUUUUACCACUAUCAGGUUUAGGAUUAUUAUCUGAAAUGGCAUCGGUGUCUACUCAGCAACAGUUCCGUUACACGCAGCCACCAUCAAAGGUGCUUCAUUUGAGAAAUUUGCCGUGGGAGUGCACAGAGGACGAACUAAUUGAACUUGGGAAGCUAUUUGGGAAAGUUGUGAACACAAAGUGCAAUGUCGGAGCAAAUCGGAAUCAAGCUUUUAUAGAAUUUGCAGAUUUAAAUCAGGCGAUCGCAAUGAUAUCAUAUUAUGCCUCAUCGUCGGAGCCUGCUCAAGUACGAGGGAAAACUGUGUAUCUUCAGUAUUCCAAUAGGCAAGAAAUAGUGAAUAACAAAACUGCAGCAGAUGUUGCUGGAAAUGUACUGUUGGUAACAAUCGAGGGUGAAGAUGCAAGGCUUGUCAGCAUUGAUGUUUUACACUUGGUCUUUUCAGCCUUUGGGUUUGUGCAUAAGAUUACUACUUUUGAGAAGACAGCAGGAUUCCAGGCAUUGGUGCAAUUUUCAGAUGCAGAAACUGCUACCUCCGCAAAGGAUGCUUUGGAUGGAAGAAGCAUACCUAGGUACCUGCUUCCUGAACAUAUAGGACCAUGUGGCCUUAAGAUCACAUAUUCUGGACAUUCAGACUUAAGUGUCAAGUUUCAAAGUCACAGAAGCAGAGACUACACUAAUCCUUACCUUCCUGUUGCUCAAUCUGCCAUGGAGGGAAGUGGACAGCCCAUGGUGGGUUUGGAUGGGAAGAGACUGGAGGCCGAGAGUAAUGUUCUUCUUGCAUCUAUUGAGAACAUGCAGUAUACUGUAACCUUGGAUGUCUUACACAUGGUUUUCUCUGCCUUUGGACCUGUCCAAAAGAUUGCAAUGUUUGACAAGAAUGGUGGUUUACAGGCUCUGAUUCAAUAUCCAGAUAUCCAAACAGCUGUUGUGGCCAAGGAAACCUUGGAAGGACACUGCAUAUAUGAUGGAGGUUUUUGCAAGCUUCACAUCUCGUAUUCACGUCAUACUGAUCUUAGUAUAAAGGUGAAUAAUGAGAGAAGUAGAGACUAUACCAUUCCUAAUGUACCUCCACCUGUAGUGAAUGCUCAGCCCUCAAUUUUAGGGCAACAUCCAGUUCCGAUGACGGGCCCUCCUCCUCAACAUUACAAUGGAGCUCAGUACGCACCAGUUACUGAGCAAACUCUGAUGUCUCAUUCUCAGGCUGGAUGGGGGACAGGUCCACCUCAGUCUAUGCAACAGAUGCAUAACCAUCCUUACACGCCAUCCGCCAUGGUGCCACCGCAAACAACCCCUGGAAUGCAGUUUCCAAGUCACAUUCAAUAGCUUGCAUCUCAUGUCUCAUACACCAAGUGGUGAACAAGGUCAGUGCCAUCUGCAGAAGUGAGGACUACCAUUUAAAUUGUUGCUUCCUAUGAUGUGAGGAAACUGGCGUUUGCUGAUGUGAUUCCGAAACUCUCAUUCUCCCUUGGUUUAUUAUUAUUAGAUGAGAUGAGAUUUUGAUAUUGUGUGUAAGCAAUUGGUCAAGAACUUUAGGUCGGCUGGCUAACAUUGGAAAAAACUACACAUUCUAUUUUUCGUUUAUUUUGACUUGGUUUGGUAUUUGUUUUUCAGAUAUUGCUUUUCAUAAGUUAAUCAGUCAAUGAAAUAAAAGUUGUUAAUGAAAUUCUUAGGUAAUA